AUGGAUGAUCCAAUGACAAACCAUCAGCAGAUUAUACCUAGCAACAGUUAUCUUCCGAUGAGCAACAGUAAACAGCAUGCAAACGGUCCACUCAUUUCCCCAGUAAGGAAUAAUAGCAGCAGUCAACAAUUUCAACAUUCCCAACAACUUAAACAGCAAACUUUAAAUUGUUAUGGAAAAGUAUCUAACAUGCCACAAAAUUUUGUCAGUCAGAACGUAAUGUAUAAUGAUAAUAUGCAGAAGGGAUAUUAUUAUAAUGCUCCCUACCGGAACGAACAGCUGGGUAUGGUUCGAUACAACACCCCAAAUAAUUAUUAUCAACAGCACAUGAUUCCACACCCAUCCCAACAAAUGGGAUUACACUGCUACAACAAACAACCUAUGCCUCCACAGCGUGCAUUUUACCAUCAAAGAAGUAUGGGAUUUUAUCCUGAAUCAAACAUUGAUGAACAGAGGUUUAUAAAUGAUCAGCCAAACUGGAAUGCUUCAAGAAACGUUUAUUGUGGGAAAAUAGCUAAGAAUCCUAUGGAGAUGGGAAAUUUUGAUGCAAAUUUUCAUAAGCAUGGACAAGAUGUGGAUAUGUAUAGCUUCUCUCCGAGGUAUCCAGACCACACGCAACAACCACAUGCUCCCAAUCAACAACAACAUAUCAACAAUAAAUAUUUUAUGUCACAACAGCAAAUAAACUCAGAAGCAACAGUUGAUCCUAGAUUUUAUAACAGCAGACCAAUGUUACAACGUUCAAAUGAGAUGCUGAAGCAACCAACUGCACAGCAUUUUGAAGACAGUUUUUAUUCUGGAGGGCCAGCACUUGCAAAUUUUCAACAUCAACAAUCUUCAGCUUAUUUGCCUGGACGAAGAUUAGAACACUUUUCUCACAUGGAUGAUUGCCAGCAACUUUCAAUCUCUCAACAUCAACAAACAUUUUCUGGCAGUGCUGCACCAUCUUCAUAUUAUCCAGACAGUGAAAAUAAAACUGUGGCAAAGGGUACUGUGGAGUAUUAUAAUACCCUUCAUGGUGGUCACCAUGAGCACCAAGGGAGCAAGCCAUCAAAUAAUGCAACAACAGCUAACCAGAUCAUCGACCACUCAAAAUUUCUUUCAGGUCCAAACCAUCUCCAGCAAUCUCAUUCACUACCAUCCAACAAACCGAACAUUCAGUCACCUGUUGCCGAUCAUAAUAAACAAGCACCAGACCAUAAUGUUCACAUGCUAGCCACUAUUUCUGAAUCAAAAGUUGAACCACAGCAACAUCAGCAACUACAACAUCAACAAUUACAGCAUCAACAACUGCAACAUCAACACCUACAGCGUCAUCAACUACAGCAUCAACAGCAAUUGCAUCAACAACAUCACCCAUCAGCGGCAUCAUCUUUGGCCUCUCCUCAAAAAUCUCUUCAUCCUCUUCAGUCAAGUAGCUUUUACUGCACAUCUUCUUUCUUAUCAAUGACGACAGCAAUGAUAACAACAACAGCAAUGAUAAUGACAACAACAAUGGCAACAACGACAACAAUUAUAACAGCAACAACAACAAUGCUAGCAACAUAUGCAAAAGAAUCUGGCUGCAGUUCAUCAAAGGACAGCUUCUAUCAGAUUAAAAAUUCAUCAUCAGACCUGUUUCAACAGGCAAGUAAGAGCAUUUGUUCAACUAUGAAAAUGUCAAACCAAUCAAAAUCUAGUUGUUCUCAAUCUCAAGCCGGUAGUCAGCACAUCCAAUUCAACAAUUCCAUCAUGAGCAACAUGGCAAGGUCCUGCGAUAACUUGAACUACAACAUAGCAACAACCGCGACAUCAGUGACAACAACAACAAAAAACAAACAACUAAGAAAACCUAGAAAGAAGAAAUCAGAUGUGGUUGCAGUUCGAAGUGAGUACCAACACAAUGAUCGAACUAUUGUCGUACCUUACAAAUGGAAACGAGUCAUUGAAAAUAAAUCUGUCUAUUAUAUCAGCCCUAGUCGAGUAAGAUUGGAGUCUUUGAAAGAAAUUUAUCAGUACCUGCUGACUGAUGGUACAUGCAAAUGUGGCUUACUGUGUCCACUCUUUAUUGAACAGGUGUUCAUAUUUGAUUGGACAGUUGAGUCGAAGCAUCUAACCAAUGAGGAAGCAUGUAUUAAGGCCAGCAAUUCAACUAGUCUUUGUUAUCAUAAGAAAAAAAUGAAGUUCAAAAAUGAGGCUUCAAGCAACAAUGUUCCAACUGCAGACGAUCAAAAGAAACUACAGAUCAACAACAUUAACAACCACAGCAGCAACAGCAGUUUUGGAAUUUCCAACAUGGACGACAACAACAACAUCAUCAGCAAUAUGAACAGCAGGCAAUGGAGACAGCGAUCACCUGGCAGUAGCUGCUCAUCAUCAAACAAGCACAACAUAAAAUGUAGAGAGAAGAGAAAAUCAAAACUUGAAUGUUCACUCAUCGACACUUACAGACCAUCUCAUGACAUGAACAAUGAUAAAUUCAUGUCUUGCAGCAGCAGCAACAACAUCAACAGCAACAUUUCAUCCUUCGAUAGAAAUAAUGACAACCCACCUUACAGCAGUCAUAAUUAUAUGCAGGACAUGUCAUCAACAACGUCAUCAUCAUUCUUCAACAGAAUUCAAAUGACGUCAGAACCAUCCACACAAUGUCUCUCGUCUCCAUAUGACAGCGAUGCCACAAAAUCUGCCUCUGACAUCAACUGCAGCAGUAACGAAUCAUUCAGCUCAGAUGAUGAUGAUGACGAUAUACUUAACAGAUCAGAUCUUCUUCUUUUCACUAACAACAACAUAAAUAAUAAUAAAAUCAGCAACUGCACUAUGAAAGUCAGUAGUGUUAAAAGUAAUGUUGUUAAUAAUAGCACUGAUAAUGCGAACAACAACUCUUCCCAAUUAAAGCAUUUGCAAGAUCGAAAUGCUCAGUCAUAUAGUCACAUUGAUGAUGACUAUGAUGGUAACACUGAUAAUUCAAUUUGCUAUCAAAAUUUUAAAAAACAAUCAAAACACAAUUUACAAAGAGCAAAGUUUGACUCUGCUGACAAAUUGUCACAGCAGAGUCAACAGUCAAUCAACAGCCAGCAGAACUUCAGCACUUCCAGUAAACCCAUUAAUGACAACCAAUCAGAGAGCCAGUCAUUAAAAGCCAAAUCGGAAAUGUCAGAUCUCACAGACCAAUCACAUAAGACUACUUGCCCAAUUAAGCUUGUUGAAAAUAUGGUUUCAGAACUUAUGACGACAAAAAAUUCUCUGGCAGAAGUCGCAACGAUGAUGAUGAUGAGCAAAGUGGAGAAUGAGAAAAAGAAAAAGGUAACUGAUAUCCAUAAUGUGGAAUGCAACAGGGGGGUUGCAACAUCUUUUGUAACUGUUGAAAAUAUUGCAUCCACCAAAGUUGCGAGCAACAAGAAUAUCAAUUAUAAUGUCGCAAAGUCUGCAGUUCCUUCAACGAGCAAUAUUUGUAUUUCGUCCUCAAACAACAACAACAACAACAUAUCAACCAAUGUUGCCAGAGCUACAUCAGCUGCAACAUUUUCUUCAGGUCCAUCAAGUUUUUCAACAUUGCCUUCAUUAAAUUCUGCUUUAACCAGUGCACUUUCUUUUGUUGGAUUGAAGACAGCAACGUCAAUCACAACAACUUCUCUGUUCACUUCAGGCAAGUUAACUGAUAAGACAAAUUCGAUGUUAUGCUCCGCAACAAGCAAUUCAGAGUCUUUCAACAGAACAACAUCCAUCACAACAUCCUUUUUUACAAACGACAAGUUUAGCAACAUUUUAAAUGUCGGUAACAAACUGCCUACUUUGUUGAAUGUAGAUGAUAUCAACAAAAUAUCGACUGCCACAACAAUCGAUGAAAUGUUUUCAGAUGACGAGGAAGAGGAUAGUUCUAGCAUGGCAUACAGUGGCACCCACGACAAAGAUAACAUUAUCAACAUUUGGCUGGAAAAUAAUGACAAAACGUGCAACAAAGCUGAUGAAGAUGUAGGAAAGAAUGCAAGCUGUGGUAGUGGUGGUGACCUGAAGGAUGAGAUGGAUGUCGAUGAUGUUGUCAAGACAACAGGAACACAAACAAGCACUCCUGCUUCUAACUCGACACUGGAAUUUGUUGAUAAUGAUGGUGACUCUAGAGAAACAAUUUGUUGUGGUAGUGUUGAAAAUAAUCUCAACAUCAUUUCAACAUCAUUUGAUGGGAUUGCCUCUGGUACCACUUCAAAUUAUGCCAAUUCUUCUUUAUCCGUUAACACUCCAGAAUGCAUUAUGAGUUCAAUUGUUGUUGUCAACAGCAAAACGUCAACAGCUGUUCCAAUAACAAGUACAACAUCACCACCGACCUCUUCAAACUUGUCAGCAGUCCCAAGCACAGUAGUCACCAAAGUUAUUGAAGCAUCCACCGCCAGUACAUCAUCACCAAACACAAAGUCAUCAACAACUCUAGAAACAACUUCCAAAGUUGUAACGCCACCAAAUAAUGAGACAAGCUCCCACACAAGCAAUAAUACUGACAACAACAAUAGCAACAACAGCACAGCUGAUUCAUCACUUCAGCAGCAGCAACAUAAACAACAAAACCAGCAGCAGCAGCAACAACAAGUAGUUAUGGUACCCACUCAGCAAUCAUCCACAGCAAUUCUCAUACCGCACCAACAACAAUGCAAUAAUUUAAAUUUUGACAGUCAGUUGUACCAGACUGCUCAAGCUAACUACCUUCAAUCUCUUGGUUUCGGAUUUGCUCAGGGGCAGGUUGGUCUUCUGCACUUUGCAGCCACGCCUUCAUCCAAUCAGAGCCUUGGAUUGGCUCUUGGAAUGGGCGUCAACAUUCUCAACAGUGGUAAUGUCAAUAACAAUGCUAGUAGCAUUAACUUCAAUGGCGUUGGUGCUCUGAAUGUUAACAAUAGCGGUACUGAAAAUAUUGUCAACAAUUCAUCUGAUAAUGAUCAAAACAAUUCAACUACUGAUAACAACUCUCUACCUAAUGAUCCAUCCAAAGCAACUCUGAAUAAUAGUACUUUAUCAACUACGACAACAGAAACAACAGAUUUCAAGUCACUAGCAACAAAUUCAGUCAAUGCAAACCAGUUGUUCCAGUUGGUUGUAUCUCAGGGUGUUCAACAAGCACAUCACAUUCUAGUCCCUAACUAUUCAUCUUUCACUCCGUUUGCUGGAGCUGCCUUAGUACCCGUUCCUGUAGUCCAACCGAACUCAAUGGCAUUUUGCAACUUGGUGGCCACACCGAAUGGACCUCCAACGCUGUUCACUGUGGGACAAAAUCCAUUCAGUUUCAUGACUGCCGGUCCCAUCCUAGUCAGUGAGGAUGGUGGUGCCGCUAAUGGUGCUGCCAGUGGUGGUGGGGGUGAGAAGGCAGCACCGAGCAAGAAGUUGACAUCCCCAAUGUACUGCCACGAUGCUCCUGAUAGUACGGUUGAUUCAGAAGAUGUCAUCGAACCCGGGUCUGGUCACAACAACAACAAUAAUAAUAAUAACAAUAACAAGAGUAAUAAUAAUGGUAAUCUUGACAACAAUAACUGUAACAGAAACAGUUCUGGCAACAAUAAUAAUACAGCUGAGGGUGAUUUUAUCAAUAAAUGCAGCAAAAAUGAAAAAGUUAAUGAAAGUUUUUCAUCAUCUUCAUCAUCGUCCUCGUCAUCUUCGUCUUCAUCAUAUGUUCCAACAUCAACCAGCGGCACUGCCGUGUUUGAUAAAUGUCGAAGCAUGAAUGUCCUGGAGAGCAACUUGAACAGCACCAACACUGGUGGCAACAAAUCAUUAUCACCGAUCGUCGUCGUUGCUGACGAUGAUGAUAAACAGACAACCAUAAUGAACUACAGCACAUCAUCUGAAACUGAUGACAAUGAUGAUAUGAUGAUGAUGAUGAUGACGGAUGUUGAACAUUGCAACAAGAUGACAUCUGUUGAAGAUUCCAGUUCUCAGGCAUCGGAGGCCUUCGAUCAUCAUCGUGGUUGUGGAGGUGGUGAUGGUGGUGGUACUUCCCUGGUGAAGAACUUUGAGGUGGUGGGAGACAAGGACACCAGGUGCAACAGGAGUGUGCUCUCUCGGCAUGGUGACAACGAGGACGCAGUGGAUGACAAGUGGAAAGAUAAGAGUAAACUGCAAUCUAAGAAGUUGCUGAAAUAUGCACAUUCUGUUAAAAGAAGAAGAAAUAAAAGAUUCACAAAUCUAAUUUCAAAUAUUAAAAAUUCGUCCUUGUCUCGGACAAAAUUAUUUUUAACUCAAGGUGACAAUAAAAACCUUAAAACUGACAGCAAUAAUGGCAGCAAGUUAGUUUCAAUGCUAGCAUCAUCCUCGUCUUCUUCAUCAUCGUCGUUGUCGUCCUAUGCAACGAGUCUCAGUGAUAAGAUGAGCGCAAAUAAUGACUGCCUGGUGACUACAUCCGAGUCACACAAUGACGUCAACAAUGCAGAUGGCAUGACAAAUUACGAUGACAAUAAUAAUUCGGUACUCUUGUCUGUCAGGAACGUGAGGAGUCUGCAGAGGAAGGAGCUCGAGAUGAGGAUGAAGAUGAUGAGGAAGAUGGAGCCCGAAUCUCCAAUCAGUUCGGAUGAUACAAUUGAUGACGCAGACUCGACAACAACGACAACUCUACCCGCGGCAUCGUCAUGCAACUUCAACAUUGGAGAUCUUGUCUGGGGACCAACCAGAGGCUUUCCAUCCUGGCCGGGAAAGUUGGUGUCUGAAGUCGAAGUCAAGGGCCACCCCAAGCCCGAAUGUGGCAAGGUGUGGGUGAAGUGGUUCGGAGACAACACGUAUGCCCAGACAGACAUCAGCCAACUGAAGACGCUAUCAGAGGGACUUGAGACUCACCACAAUGCUCGAAAAUCGCACAGAAAAGGUCGAAAGAUGAACGCUGGGUUAGAAGCCGCAAUACAGGAGGCCAUGUUUGAACUGGACAGACAGAUGGCUAGACAAACAACAAUACAACAGCAGCAACCACAGCAACAAAAAUCAUCAAACAACACUAGCGACAACAUCAAUGUCGCUACCACAUCUGCAGCCUCAAAAAAGUCUAGACGCUAA